UUUACAUAUCUGUCUGCAAUAGCCAAAAAAACUUUUCUACAACGCAUGUUAUAGAAAAGUCGUGGUGCGUACCAACGAUACACACAUAAAGGGUUAAAUAAUACUUUUAACAAUUUUUUUGCUCAACUCUGAAUAUAACUUCGUGCAGGGUUAGUGCAAAAUGCUGAAACAGUUAAAGAAAAAAGUUUCCUACCCUUAUUUUAAUAGAACAGCAUAUUUUUCCAUUUUCGGAUUUAGAACCUAAAUCUCAUCAAAAUUUAAAAAAUAUGUUCCCAAAUAGCAAAGUUUUUGACCGUCCCGGGAUUUUGUACUAACCUGGUGUAAUUGGAAAUAUCGUAUUCUUGUUUCGGACCUAAUAAUGUAAAUACACUUAAUACCAUUUUGUUUAGGGUUAUACGACGCCCUUGGCAACUACAAUAACAUGUAGUACUAGCUCUAAUGUUAGUAGCUGGUUGGAUAACAAUUUACUUUCUCCCAAAUCUACUUCCUCAUCUAUAACAUCAGAUAUCGUUCAAAAAGAAGGGUUAGAAAAGACAUUAAAAAAUUCUGUUAAAGGGCUGAUAAUAUUAGAAUAUUAUAAAAAAAAAUAAAACGACUUGACAAAAAAAGGCAAACAGAUUUGGUGCACAUCGUAACAGACUGUAUGUUCCUGGCGCACAAAAAAAUUUCUAGCGAGAUAUUUGAAAUAUAUGCCAAACUAAUUACAGAUUUAUUUCCUUCGGAAAUUCAGACAACAUACUAUACUCCACGGAGAAAUAAAAAAAAUCCAAGCGGCAAACUGUAUGACCGGUAUAAUAACAUAAAACAUAUAACGAAAAGGUUAAAACCAACUCAAGACAAUGAGGAUGUUGAUAAUGGUACCACUAAUGUUUAUAAUGUAGAAGACGAGAUAGAAUAUUACACGGCGUUUCUUUUAAGUAAUUCUGAUCCUGAUUUAUGGGAUAAAGUGAAGGAUUAUUGGCAACGCACUGCCAACUAUAGAUUAAAAUUACUGAGAUCGCCCGUAAAUUCCCUUAAUACAAUUUUAAAAGAGUGGCCAAAAUACAAUGACUCGAAAGGAUAUGAAUUGAUUAACAUUGAUUUCGACAACAUUUACAAAGGGAAAGGAUCACUUCUUUUAGAUAAUUUCAAUAAUUUUGUGAAAUUGAUAUUACCUAUAUAUUCCAGAGACAUCCGAGACAAAUUAAAUAAGGAACACUUGGAGCAACUGCAAAAAAAUACUGAGCUUUCAAAAGAUUCAAGAGAUUACUUAAUAAUUUUAUUGUUGCAUGCAAUACUGCAGCCAAGGCGAAUAAACAGGACUCACAAACCAACAAUUUUGGACUCGCAAGACGAUUUUGUGUUGCACGUAAAAACUAUAAACGAUGUCUUGCCAAAGAUAGAAGCGGUAAGAGCUAAUUACAGAGAUAAGAAAAUCAAAUUACAACCACGAAUAGUUGUUGUAGGCGUCGAUAAAAAUAAACUUGAAGAUUUUUAUGUGUAUAGCGACUCUAUAAGAUACAAAUUCAAUUCAUUUAUAGAGUGUCUCGACAUUACUAUAAAAUUAAUACACGUGUUUAAUUUAGAAUUUUCACAAAAUAGCAGAUUAGUUUGGUUGUUUUUAUCACGAUAUUUUUUUGGUAUUUCGGAUGAAAGUAUUACUGUUGUGGAUAGUUUAGUUGGUCAUCUUAACAUUGAAAACUCCAAUUAAAAAUUUUUUUUUCUUUCAUAGCAAUGUUCGGUUGUUUUGUGUGCAAACUUAAAUUUAAUACUAGUUCUGAUGUUAUAAAUCAUUUAAAAAAUUUUCACCGAGUUCCUUCCAUUUUUAAAUUCAUUUGUACUUAUCCCCAAUGUACGCAACAAUUUCAAAGUAUUUACUCGUACAAAACUCAUUUGAAAAAACAUGAAGCUAAAAAUAUACCGUUAUGUAAUACGUUAACAACACAAUUUUUGCCAACUGAUAUGUUUCCAAAUAGGGAUGAUUAUAACGCAAGUACAGAAACUGCCGUAACUUCCCAGCAAAAAAUAGAACAGAUAAAUAUUUGUCAGGCUAAUAAUGAAGAUAUUCGUUUUCGUGCAUCAUC